ACACCGUCAUUUAGGCAUUUGUUCUUCCUCAGACACGCUCUAGUGCUUUACUCUACUCUCUUCUCUCUCGGCGGCGACUGGUCUCCGCCUCUUGAAUUUCGAUCUUCAUCUGCUGAGUGGUGACGUUCUUCGACUUUACGUCGUUCUUCUUUGCUGUAUAAGCAUAAUACGAAGCCAUUUUCCCCAACACGAAAAUUCAAAGGAAAUAAUUCUGCUCAAAUUAAACUUUUUUCCAACCCAUCCGAAUUCAGAGGUUGGUAUAAAGUAUUAACUGACAAAAAGAGUUAUUUUAGUUAGUAGCAAUGGUUGGAGCAACUCAAGUUCAGAAGAACAUACCCGUGCUGCCAUGGAUGAGAAACCCAGUUGACAUUGUUGAUUUUAAGGAAACUCCCUUAACUUUGCUCCCUGGUCUUGAUCCUAGAUUGGAUAAGGCUCUGAAGAAUGUCCAUAUCUCUUCACUUUUCCCUGUGCAAGUGGCAGUUUGGCAAGAGACUCUUGGUCCUGGUGCUUUUGAGCGUGACUUAUGCGUAAACUCACCAACUGGAAGUGGAAAGACUCUGUCCUAUGCUCUGCCUAUAGUGCAAAUGCUAGCUACUCACUCUGUGAAGUGUUUGCGUGCUUUGGUGGUGCUACCCACCCGUGAUUUAGCUGUGCAGGUCAAAAGAGUUUUUGAUGAUCUUGCUCCAGCCGUUGGCUUGUCUGUUGGUUUAGCUGUUGGACAGUCUUCACUCGCUGAUGAAAUUUCAGCAUUAGUUAAAGUGCCUAGACUUGAGGCUGGCUUCUGUUAUGACCCUGAAGAUUACGCAAACAGAUUACAAAGUGCAGUGGACAUACUGGUAGCAACUCCUGGAAGGCUUAUGGACCAUAUCAAUACUACCAAAGGCUUCACACUUGAGCACCUACGGUAUCUUGUAGUUGAUGAAACUGACCGGUUACUUGGGGAGGCGUAUCAGUCAUGGUUGCCCACUGUGCUCAAGCUGUCCUGUCCAAGUGAUGAGAUUUUUGCACCUUGUGUUAAAGCCUUUUCCCCGUUAAUUUGUGGUUCUUUAAAAACCAUCCGAAGAUGUGGCGUUGAGAGGGGGUUUAAGGAUAAAGCUUAUCCCAGGCUUGUUAAAAUGCUUUUUUCGGCUACACUGACUCGAAAUCCUAGCAAACUUGGUCUGCUUCAUCUUCAUCACCCUUUAUUCAUGACAACUGGUCAAUCACGUUAUGCGUUUCCUGAAAAGCUCGAGUUUUUCAAAGUGAUUUGUGAAUCAAAUGAUAAAGCCCUAUAUCUAGUGGCCCUUCUUCAAAAGUUGGAAGGUGAGAAAUGCAUUGUAUUUACAUCAUCGAAAGAGAUGACCCACAGGCUCUGCAACUUGCUAAAAUCUUUUGGUGAUCUUCAAAUGAGGAUCAAGGGAUACUCGAGUUGUCAACACCAGGCUGUGAGAAGCAAAACACUAGAUGCAUUCCGUAAAGGGGAAGUGGAAGUGCUCGUUUCUUCUGAUAACCUGUCCCGUGGAACAGAUGUUGAAGCGGUAGCAAACGUCAUCAUUUAUGAUGUACCACGUUAUAUCAAAGCUUAUCUUCAUCGUGCUGGAAGGACGGCUAGAGCAUUCCAAAUUGGGCGCUGCUUCACAUUGCUUCUUAGAGAUGAAGCAAGGAAGUUCAAUGCACUGCAACGAAAAGCAGAGAUCAGCUCUACGAUCUAUCCUCUUUCUUCGGAGUCCAUUCAGGCCCUUCAGUCCGCUUAUGUAUCUGCGUUUGAUAAGCUGAAAGAGAGUGUAGAAUCGAAAGCAUCUAGAAAACGCAAGGUUAACUUCAAGUCGUCAAAGCCACGCAAAGCAAAGGCGAUGAAAGUUUCCAAGGACUAGCCAAAGCCUAGGCCUUCUUAACUGAGUGUUGUUCAUAAUACUUUCCUCCUUGAUACUCAAUUUUGAUACAAGUGAAUCUUUAGUUUAGGAAGAAGGUUUUUGCAUGGAGUCUGUGAUCACUUAUAUAUGAUCUUUAAUAUUUAUAUUCUGUUCAACUGAAUAAACUAACUAGAGUACUGAAUUUCAACUA